GCCAUCGCUUUAGUUGUCAGUUGAUUGCCAGUAGUAGAAUCGUAUGGUUGUAUCGGUUGAGCGCGCGCCAACGAAACGAUAUUUUGAGCAAGAGUAAACAGUAAACAGAAAUUCAUUUAAAAAGCAAGCAGCGAAGAGUGUGCGAUUUCAAAGAAACUCCGAACGUGCGCGCAUGAACAAGAAUGGAACACAAAGCGCACUUAUUUUGAAGAAAUAAAAACAACAACAAAUACAUAGUAAAACAAGAAAUUGCAUAGUUGACUGCUUUAUAUUGUUAUAGAAACCCGGAAAAUUUUGACGACAAAAUGACGAAGGUGGAACUUUACAAAUCUCGUGUGUUCGUCACUAUAAUACAUCUGUUUGCGUUGGGCCAAUUUGCGUAUGGCCUAUUCUAUAAUAAAUUCGAGAUACAGCGCAGCUACAAGCUGGAAACAUCGCCAAGCCGACGAUUAGUACCAGACGGGUUUGCGCAGAAAGUCAAGUUUUUCACAUAUUGGAAUAUGAUUAUGCAAACAGUAUACUACAUUAUAUCCUUAAUAAAUGAUUUUGUGGGCACAAACGAAGUGGCGCCAAAACGCACACCAACUAUACGCAAAGUCAAAGACUAUCUUAUGUCAGCAUUAGCCUUCCCAGUGGCGUUGAAUGUGGGCAUCAGCUUUUGGACUCUGUAUGCCAUAGAUCGCGAACUAGUCUUGCCACGUGUAUUGGAUACAGUGUUUCCAAGUUGGCUCAAUCAUGUUUUGCACACCAAUAUCGUGGUAUUUAUGAUUCUGGAGCUCUUCACCUCAUUCCGCGCCUAUCCAACACGCAGCAAGGGUUUAACCGGCCUCUCCGCCUUCGUGAUCACCUAUCUUAUUUGGUUGCAUGUUGUCAAGCAUUAUUCCGGCUUUUGGGUCUACCCGGUACUUGAGGUGCUGCAGCUGCCGCAACGCAUUGUCUUCUUUGUGGCUUUAUUCGCCUUUACAUUAUGCUUGUACCUGUUUGGCGAAUUCAUGAAUAACAUUGUUUGGGAGAAGGAACUCAAGUUGGCGCAUCGCAAAGUCAAAUAAAUAACGCUUCAAUUUCGAUAUUUCAUUAAAAAUUAAAUUUGAAGUUCGAGACUAUUUGGGUUGCCAUAUUAACAAAUGAACGCAGCCAUUGAACAGCUGGAGAAGUGAAAACAAUUUGGCAAAGAUAAACAAAACAAAUUUCUUAUGAUAUUUUAAACUUAAAGCUUUGCAUGAAUAUUUCUAAAAAUGUAUUUAGUAUGUGCUGGUUUGAAUUGAACCAAAAAAGAAAAUAAUCUUACUAAAAUAAAUUAAUGUAUGUAGUCAAUUCUUUUAAAUUUAUUAAAAACUUGAAGUGCAUAUUUACAUAUAAAUUUAUGUAUUAACAGUAUAAACAUAUUAUUCAUGGAUGAACUCAGCUGAUGCAGCAAUUGAAAUUAAAUAUAUUUGUAGUCAUUAUAAAUAGUAUUAUUUAGUCAUGCAAAUCAUUUCGUUUUAAAUAUGACAAAAAACACAAAAAUGAACGUGAAUAAAAUAUGCAGUAAGUUAUUAACUCUUAAACACUCAUAUCAGCGCACUGAAGUUCGUUUAAAAAUUGUUAUUCUAUAAAGUCAAAAUAUACAAAAAAUCUUAUUAAAAUAUAAUAAAUUCAUUUAAUUAUAGAAGAGUUGCAUUGUUAUUGAUUGUUUCAUGGAAACAGUUGAAAGAAAACACAACUUUGCGAUUGAACGAUAUUAAAAACAUAUUAAAUUUAUUUAAAAUAAAA